CGGAGAUUGGAGUCGAAUUCGGAGUUGAGGUUGGCGCUGUUCGUUGUAGUCGUCGGGUCAGGUCAGGUCAAGUCGGAGGUGUGUACCUUUCGUCCGUAUACCACGAGUCAAGAAAUCAACAUUUUUUUUCAAGAAGGAAAUAAAAAAAGAUUAUUUUUUGACCAGCUGCCAGUGUCACAUCGAAGUGCUUCGUCGCGCCUUUCGUCAUCUGCUCUCCGUUUCGUCUGCUAGACUCUCUCUCUCUCUCUCUAUCUCUCUCUUUCUUUCUGUCAACAUCCCAUUUUCCCUUUUUUCUUUUAAUAUCGAUCACAAUACUUUUUUCUCUCUUUCCCAAAAGUGCUCCCUCCCAAUCUUUGUCCCAAUCAUUUGACAUUUCGGAGCAUAAGUGAUUAUUGUUUGUUUGUAACGACUAAACAGUUCAAACGUCAUGUGUGAAGUGACUAUAUGACAGGCUCGUUGAGUCAUGAGCUAAAGAAAUCCGUGAAAAAAUCUGUGCGCAUGUGUCCAGUGGGAUAUACCAGUAAUAAAUCUCAACACUCAGAUCUGGAUACUCUGUCGACGCCUUCUAUCGGAUUGUCUCAUGACAGGAUGGCGCUGGCGCGACUUGCGGUGAGCGAAUGUGCGCCUCAAACGUCGCGGGUCAGCUCCAAUUUGCACAGCAGCAGUAGCAUGGCUGUAAGCCGCGUUCCAAGCCCUCCACCACCGGAAGUUAAUACUCCUGUCGCUGAAAACUGGUGUUACACACAGGUCUUGUAUGCACAGGUAAAGGUGGUUAAGUUCAGCUACAUGUGGACGAUAAACAACUUCAGCUUUUGUCGGGAAGAGAUGGGAGAGGUCCUCAAGUCAUCCACGUUCUCAGCUGGAGCCAAUGAUAAACUGAAAUGGUGCCUACGAGUAAAUCCUAAAGGCCUGGAUGAGGAAAGUAAAGACUACUUAUCCCUGUACCUCCUUCUCGUUUCUUGUAACAAGUCUGAAGUUAGAGCAAAGUUCAAAUUUUCUAUUCUUAAUGCCAAAAGAGAAGAGACCAAAGCCAUGGAGAGCCAACGAGCUUACAGGUUCGUGCAAGGAAAGGAUUGGGGUUUUAAAAAAUUCAUCAGAAGAGACUUCCUGUUAGAUGAAGCUAAUGGUCUUUUACCGGACGAUAAACUCACGAUAUUUUGUGAGGUCAGCGUGGUGGCGGAUAGUGUCAACAUUUCGGGACAAAGUAACACGAUACAAUUUAAAGUACCUGAGUGUCGACUACCCGAUGAUCUUGGAUCACUUUUCGAAAACCAAAAAUUUAGCGACGUCACGCUUACCGUUUGUGGGAGAGAGUUCCAAGCACACAAAGCAAUUCUCGCCGCAAGAAGUCCUGUGUUCUCGGCGAUGUUUGAACACGAGAUGGAGGAGAGAAAGCAAAAUCGAGUCGACAUUACGGACGUGGAUCACGAGGUAUUAAGGGAAAUGUUGCGAUUUAUUUACACUGGAAAGGCAACAAAUUUAGAGAAAAUGGCAGACGAUUUAUUAGCAGCCGCGGAUAAAUAUGCGCUAGAGAGGUUGAAAGUAAUGUGCGAGGAGGCCCUCUGCACAAGCUUAGCCAUCGAGAAUGCGGCAGACAUUCUUAUUCUAGCCGAUCUUCAUAGUGCCGAUCAAUUAAAAGCCCAAGCCAUAGACUUCAUUAACACACAUGCAACGGAUGUGAUGGAAACCGCGGGGUUUAAGUCAAUGAUAAGUUCUCAUCCGCAUCUGAUAGCGGAGGCAUUUCGUGCACUUGCCACACAACAAAUACCACCAAUUGGCCCGCCACGAAAACGAGUUAAACAAAGCUGAAAGCAGUCACCUCUGACUCCGGGUACGACUACCACAUCACCCCCUCCCCUCUUACAUCCUUGACUUUUUAUGUACAGUGAUAUUUCGUAGUGCUAAAUAAAUGUUUCCUAGUGCGCCGUUCUUUGGUCCACUUAAAACGAAAAGAAAAAAAAGGCAAAAAACUAAAAAAAAAGAAAAAAAAGAAGAGAGAAACAAUGAAGAAGAAGAAGAAGAAGAAGUGAAACUGACGCGCCCCAAAAGAAGGUCCAAUCGCCCAAGGAACGUCGAAAAAGUUGUCAACCGAAAAAAAAGACGCUCACGCAGAACUUUUACGUGUGUGUGUGUGUGUAUUUUUUUUUCUUCUUGUGAAUAUUGUUAGUGACGAACAGUUUACGAAGAAGAAAAUAAAUGAAGAAAAAUAAAACCUUUUCUUCUUUAUAAUGUGGCGUGUGAUAAAAUCCUCGUUUAUGGACAACGUCGACGUUUCUCAAAUAUCGAUGUCCAAGACACGAAAAGAAUAAAAUGGACUCUCAAAAAUUAUUGCUCUUUAACUCUCGUAGGCGUUGAAUUGCGAAUGGACCAAUAACCACCAGAGGACCAAGACGAUCAAGAAAAGCUCGCUAAAAAAAAAAAUAAAUAAAUUUGCCACGAGAAGACACACACACAAAAUAAAUUAAAACAGAAAAAAAAAUAAAAGUUGUGAUAGGCGUCGGCCAGACGAAUUGUAACCAUUUUGUUCCUUUUUCAAACGGAUCAAAAAACCAACUCCCAUCUCGUCAAUGUUGAUGUUGAGGGGAGAAACCUAGAUACUUUGUUUAUUAUACCGAUAGUGAUUUUUAAUUGUAAAUCAUACAACUCUUCCAACAUGGAAAAAUGAUUCUAGUUAGCGUUUUUUAUGAUCUCUUUUUCUCUCGAUAUGUAUGAUGGUUACUGCGGUUAUGACUCUCAAAGCUGCGCGACAUGUGGCCCCCCCCAACCCCCCCAUAUGCCCCAAUUUCCCCCCUUGUAUUUUUGUAUAUUUUUGACCUGCAGACAUCCCCGAUAUUCCUCUCAAAAGAAAAAAAUAUCUCAUAGGCAAAUUCUUUAUUUCUUUCGACUCUAUAGAAUUUUACCUAAGCGGCUGGUUCGAUUUUUUUUUUUACCACUGUACAUUAUCCUCGGGAUUGCUUUUUCUUUUACUAAUUAAAUAAAUAAAAUAAAUCCAUUGACUAGCCCCGAAAAGAAAAAA